UGAACACCCCCACUCUGCCGAUGGGAAAAACUUGAUGUUGAGUUGGCAGAUUGGCUUUAACGAGAUUAAGCUCCACAAACGGAUUGCUUUUAUAGUUAAAUGAAGUUGGAAGAAUUUACUAUUUAAGUGCGGAGAUUUUUUAUCAAAAGCAACCGGUUAGCGUUUUAUGGACUCGCUACGGACCACUGAAGCCGUUAAGAAUCCUAUCUCUUACUAUCGGCACUUAUUUGUAAGCGAAAUUUAUCAUGACACUAAGAAAAGUGAAUGUGGUCAUCCUGCUGCUGGUUGGUGUGGCCUUCCUGAUCAUAGUUCAACGGAACCUCCUCAAACUCAGUGACCUUUUGCACAAAGAAAGUCCAGAUUCUGGGGUGAUUCUUCCGUUUGAGGGCGAGCUGUCGCCCGACCCAGAGCCCAGGCGGAAAGGAGAGGAGAUCCCCGUUCUGUUAACCGCUGCUGAGGACAGACUUGGAGCUGUGGUUGCUGCCAUCAACAGUGUCUACCACAACACCAAGGCCAAUGUUGUCUUCACUGUUGUGGCCCUCAAUGGCACAGUUGACCAUUUAAAAGAGUGGCUGAGUAAGACGAAGCUGAAAAAGGUCAAAAUUAAGAUCCUUGUUUUUGAGCCUACACUCUUCAGUAGUACGAUUUCAAAAGACCUUCAGACUCUGGGGACUUUAAACCUGUUGACCUUUGCCAGGUUUUACCUGCCUGUGUACAUACCUGAGGCAGAGAAAGCCAUCUAUCUGGAUGAUGAUAUUAUUGUGCAAGGAGACAUUAAAGAACUUUAUGACGCCAACUUGAAACCCGGACAUGCAGCUUCCUUUUCUGAUGACUGUGACUCUGGAUCUGCUAAAGGGAUCAUUCGAGGGGCGGGAAACCAGAACAACUAUAUAGGUUUUUUGGACUUUAAAAAGGAUUCCAUAAAAAAGCUGGGGAUGAAGGCCAACACGUGCUCCUUCAACCCAGGAGUCAUCAUCGCUAACCUGACGGAGUGGAAGAACCAAAACAUCAGCCAGCAGCUGGAGCACUGGAUGGAGCUAAACACUCGAGAGGAGUUAUACAGUAAAACUCUUGCUGGAAGCAUCACCACCCCUCCGCUGCUUCUAGUUUUUUACAAACGCCACUCCUCCAUCGAUCCUUUGUGGCAUGUGCGACACUUGGGGACUACAGGAGCGGGAAACCGGUACUCCCCUCAGUUUGUGCGAGCUGCCAAACUGCUGCACUGGAAUGGACAUUAUAAGCCUUGGGGAAGGUUGUCUUCUUUUACGGACGUGUGGGACAAGUGGUUCAUUCCAGACCCCACAGGGAAGUUCCAACCAGUGCGAAGACACACAGACUGAAAGGAGGACGUCCGUCUCAGUCCGGUCCCAAAAGGAGUCCAGCAUGACUGCUUGCAUCUCAGGGACAAAGACCGCUCUGCAAGGCUUUUUAACCAAAAUGAGCGUUUCUCUUAACCUCGCCUUACAUUCCUGAGAAACAUUUCUGCUUCAGUCCUCAGUGCUGCUUUAUACUAAAGUUCAGCUUUGAUUUUCUCCACAGACUGCCUAAAGAAACACCAAGAGCCUUUAAAUGAUGGGCAGAGUAGAGGGUUGUACUAAACGAAACCAUCAUCAGGGAUGCAACAGUAGCUUUAGUUCAUCUGUCCUCUUAUAGUUGCUUACAUCAGUCGGCUAAUUUGCUCCAUAACUUCAAGUACCUGUACGGGUUUUAGAGUACACGCAACCCACUAACCAAACUUCAACAGCAACCGUUUGCACAAGAUGUCACACUAAGGAUUUUGUACAUUUUGAGAAAAUCAGCGACCUGUGUAUAAAUGUCUUUUGUACAAUAAAUGUUUUGCAAACGAA